AUUUAUAGACAUUUACAUAUAACUUAUAGACUUUUUUACAUUUAUAAAUCAAAAUUUUCUUUAAAAUACACUAUUUGAUAGUAAGUGCAGUUGCAGUACCUUGCCUUCGAGGAAAGAGGGCGCCUAUUUCUCCUCCAAACGCUUGUCUCCUAUUGCUAUGGUGACAAACUCACAAGCUUAAACAAGACUUCCGGAUUACAUUGGAUAACUCCGUAAAUACCUGUAUCUUUUCGUUUGUAAGGAUGGCUUUGCAAGACAGUGACGACUUCGAAAGAUUUCUGAGCAAUGUUGACCAGAUAAGUGAGCUGGUGAAGGAGUUAAACUCCAGUGAUGGGUCCUGUCAGGAGGUUGCGUUUAAAAAGGCCGAUCAGUUCAUCGCCUCCCUGGAAGAGAUGGAACCAUGUAAAACCAAAAUUAAUAAGACAGCUAUAAACACAAAUCCCUCAUCUGAAAAUAGCCCACUGAAUAUCCAGUGUGAAUCAGCCCAAAAUCCAGAGAACUUCAUAAGAAUAUUAGAAAAAGAUGCAGAGGAAAGAAGUCAAAGAAGAAAGAUGAACGAGGACAAAGCUAAUGCAUUAAGGGAGAAUGGGAAUAAAGCGUUCGCUCGAGGUGAUUACGAAACAGCUGUCAGGUUUUACACUGAAGGGCUGGACCAGUUGCGAGACAUGCAGGCCCUGUACACGAACAGAGCUCAGGCAUUUAUCAAGCUGAAGAGAUAUAAGGAGGCCAUAAGUGACUGUGAGUGGGCUCUGAGGUGCAAUGAGAGGUGUAUCAAAGCAUAUGUGCACAUGGGAAAAUCACACCUAGCGCUCAAAAACUUUUCUGAGUCCAGGAUAUGCUAUCAAAAGAUUUUGGAGAUAGAGCCACAACGCGAGACCAUGGUCAAAGCCUAUUUGACCCAAGUGGAUUUGGAAGAGAAGGUGACUGUGCAGGAAAAGAUGGCAUGGGAAGAGUUUAAAGAGGGGACCGAGCAGGCCACUGCAGUUCCUGAGCUACUGAAAAAGCUCAGCCGACCAAAUGAGAUCAAUCUUUACUACUGUGGUGGAGUGGAGCUGCUCUCACGAGCUAUUAAAGACUGUACCGGGCAGACGUUAUUCAGAUUAAACAAUGGCUUCAGCAUCAUUAAUGACAAUAACAUUGUAAAGAGCUGUCUUUCCCAGAAUUUUAAAGAACCAUAUGCGAUGGAUCUAUGCCUGUCUGUCCUCAAACUAUGGAGGAUUGUUUGUUGUGAAAACGAGCUGAACCAGCAGCUGCUAAUAGAGUGUCCCAAUGCACGACAAUACAUUAUCCAGCUGUUGGCAUCACCCAUAGAUGACAUAUAUCGGGAAUGCCUGAAUUUGCUCAGCAUGUACUCCCAGACUCCGUACGGAAGGGAGUUACUUAUCAACAACCUUCAUGUAAAUCAAAUGGCAGAGACCCUGAUGGGCAGCAUUUGCCGGGAUACCAGCUCACUUUCUUCAUUGGCGGUUCUGGAGAGCUUGGCUACAGAAAACAAAUUUAAGAUUCAGUCAAGGGAUAACUUCAUUGCAAUUUUUGCCCUUCCUUUUGAGCAUCUGCUGUCAAACAUUGUGACGGCUAACCACAAGACGCUGGCUUCCUUAAUCUCAGUGAUAGGAAGUUUGGCUCUGGAUGAUGUCAUUGGUAUAAAGAUGGCCAACCGUGAAGAAUUUUGGAGAUGUUCUCUCCAUGCCAUGGAGCAUCACAUUGGCUGUGAAUGUGAAAGUGUCCUAUAUCCACUUCUGGGUUUAAUGAUCAACUUAGCCUCACAUCCCUUUCAAAUAACUCAGGAACUUGCUGUUCUGACCAGCAGCAGGUGCUUGGAACUGCUGUGUGAUCCCCAUGGAGGCAUCAUCACAAGAGUGGCAGGUUUGCUGAGUGCCCUCCUCCCGACAUCUCGUGCCGCCACUCAGGAAGUCGUGCAGAAUGGAAUAGUGAAGAGAUUGCUAAAGAUUUUAAAGGUAGGGGGAGAGAUGAGCUCCAGAUAUUCCAUUAAAGCCCUGGCAGUCUGCACUGCUUCUAUACCACAGGCCUGUGAGGAGCUGGUUAAGCUUGACAAGAGGCUGCACACCUUGAGAAAACUUCUGGGCGGUAUUGAUGAGGUGGUGGCAGGGAACGCAGCUCUGUGUAUUGGGCAUUGCUUAGAAGUAGAAGGAGCUGCCCGUGGCCUCCUGGGCACAGACUGUGUAUCGCUGCUGCUACGCCAUGCUGCCGGGGACGCUAAGAGAGUGGCUGUCAAGCAGAAUGCAGCCAUCACCCUUGGGAAGCUGUGCAAAGCAGAGCCCAGGCACAUGGUGAAACUCAGGGAGCUUCAUGGUUUAGAAAUCCUUCAUGCCUGUGCGAGAUUAAUCACAUGAUGCUCAGCCCUCCUUUGGUUCUUCGGUCAAUGACCUUAUAACUCAGGGCAUGCAUGUAAACACACACACACACGCCCGUGUGCGCGCGCACACACACACGCAUACAAAUUACCAUCAUGUGUUAAGUCCUAUCUAGACUAUGCAGCUGUUUCCUGUUUUAACUGCAAUUAAAGAAAAUUAACAUUGACAUGUGUUAUCCGCCGUUGUAGAGAACAUGUUGCCUUGGGACGCUAUUCAAAACGUUUAAAUUUCCUUUUAUCCCAAAUGACUCACUUGGGAAGUGUUCUCCUUUGAUUACAACAUUUCUGUUUGUUGAUAAAUGGAUUAACGUUUGCUUUCACAUUCAUGAAUAAAAAUGAAUAAUAAAACUAAAUUUCAAGAUAA